UAUGCCCAUCAGUCUACGAUCAAACAGGCUCAUGAUAUAGCCUUCAUCCCUUAUAUGGGUAUGAAUUGCCGGGGGAGGUUAAAACAACAGCUUAACAUACAUGGUUACCGAGAAUCUAAAUAACUGCUAUCUGCUUUGGAAAAACGGAACAAAAUUACCAGAACUUAUCUAAAAUUAGACAUGCUCAGUCCCGAAUCGUCGAUUUUAGCUCCAAACAUAAAAACAAAUGAAUUACAAACAAAAAAAAGCGACCCGUUUAGAAAGGAGAAUCCGAUGGGGUGUUCAAACUAUAAGAGCCUCCUCUAGUUGUUUUUUUUUUAAAAGAUAAAAUACAACUAGAUUAUAUAAUCUAGUUUCGAAAAAAGGAAAACUUUUAAUUUAAAAAAUAAUAAGAUUUAGAUCUAGAUUUAAUUAACUUAAUAGACAGAGUAGACCAACACUUGAAAUGUUACCAAAUGUUUCAUUGUUUGCUUUGUGAAAUCAAUGUAUUCUCAGGAAUAUAUUGCGAUUAUUGGAUUUCCGUGUAAAAUAGUCUAGACGAGAAGUAGAAGAGGUUUAGUAGAUCUAGACUAGAUAGAUUCUAAGUUGUUAACAAGGAAAGACGUUAAUACCUACACCAUAGAUCUAGAAUUCUAGAUCUAAUUCUAGUCUUGUUAUAAUUUUAAGACUAGAUUCUAGAUCUACGAGUAGACUCAACUACGUCCUACGAAUACUCAAACUUCAAAGUGACUAUCAUUUCAUUAUGUGACGAACGAAGGAAUCAAGGAUGUCCAAUCUACUUAUCUCUGUGACUGUGGAAAACUGACGUAGCUGUUAAAGAUAUGGAAAUAAAAAGUCAAACGCUUAGCUCUACAUCUAAAUUAUUUUUGGUUUAGCUGGUUAAAAAGUAAUAACUGCACACAUGUUGCGCAUGGAAACAAAUACAAAUCUACGACCUCCUGGUCAAACUAGUAUUUCUGAAGAUGAUUUGGAAGACUUAUUUAGCCUGAAUAUUUCAACAGAUUUCUAUCCAUCUUCCAACUUUGAUGUUCUUGUGGAAGAAUUAGAUAGAUAUAAUGGUCCAUCAAAUUCAACAAGAGGCUCUGAGUUCACAACUUCUAAUGCUCAAUCUGAUUCAUUUUCAACUGGAGUCAUGGGUCUUGAAACAGAAGCAAUUUCAAAUGCAGUUUCUAUUUCACAUACAUCAAAAGAUACAAGACAAGAUGUAAGUGAAAGCUUAUAUCCAACAGAAGAGAAACUAGGGGAAAAAAGUAUUUCAAACUUUGCUCAGAUUCCAUACUCAGCAAAAGAUGUAGAGUACUUACCUGAAGCAGAUUUUAACACUGGUCCAAGUUCAUAUAAAACAGAAGCCAGGAGACAAGAAACAGAGACAAAUAGGAAUAUAGGUUCCUGUUCAUAUUUAACAGACAUGGGUCAAGAUGCAGAAAUAAAUAGAAAUUCUGGUCUCAUUAAAACUAGAACAGAUGAAAGGUUAGAAACAAAUCUGAACUCAGUUCCUAUUUCAUAUUCAACCGAAGAUUUGUCAUUGGAAACUAAUUUAAACGGAGUUCACUAUUUGAGAGAAGAUACAGCACCAGAAAGAAACCCAACUUCCAAUACAUAUACAGCAGAUAUGCAACAAGAAAGAGAAACAAAUUGGAACACAGGUUCUAAUUCAUAUUUAGCCCCAGACAUGGAAUCAGAAAGAGUGUCAAACUCGGGUUCAAAUUCAUAUUUAACAGAAAAUACGGAAAUAGAAAAAACUUUUAACUCUAAUUUCAAUGCACCACAUCAUUCAGUAAACAUGGACUCUAUAUCACAUUUUAACACUGAUGAUAACAUCCAGACUUAUACGUCACAAGAUAUAGAGCCUAACCUAAGGAGGGCUUAUUCACCAGUAGGAUUGAGGCAGUCCAACUCUAAUCCUCAUUCCUCGUAUUCUUCAGUGGGAUAUAGACCAUCAUCAACUUUAAAUGUUACUCCUAGUACAUCAUUUUCAUCCAUAGAUCUGGGUAUAGCAACAUCUUUAGGCUCACCUUUAAAAACUGCUUAUAGUCAACAAGAGGCCAGUAAUACCAACUCUAACUAUCCUAAUAUUGGCCAUGGUUCAAACAGUUUUGACAAGCACUGGUCUCCUCAUCUAGCUGGUAUACUGGAUGAAGAUGUUCAAGUCUUUCCAAACUCACUGAGAGCAUUAAACUUGUUGAGACGUAGUGACUUUCCUUCAGUCUCACCAUUCAGUAGACAAAAAGAAGUUUUUGGAACAAUUCAUUCUGAGAUAACUAGUGUGUAUCAAUACAGAGGAAAGGUAUCAGAUAAUGAGACAGUGUAUUUACAAAGAGCACACAAUAUGUUUGACAGGACAGCUAUAAGAGUGGACAAUAAAUCGAAGGAACAGGUUGGUGUGGUCAAGAGGGAGCACUCAUCGGCACUAACUCAUAUAAUGGACAACAAUUUAGCAACUGUUGAAGGGAAAGUGGUGAAUUAUACUGCAGAUUGUGUGUUUAGGAUCCCCUUAGAAAUCACUUUGUCAGGUGACCCAAGUAGAAAAGAUGAAGUUCUCUGGUAUUUCAAGAGCAACAACAUCCCAGUCAUGGCAUGCUACAAAUCAUUUUCACCUAUUGAAGUACAAGACCGUGAAUCUCCUAUACCAUUUGAUUAUGACUAUGACCAUGUGAAAUCAUCCAGAACUUAUGUAACUCCUGCAGAGAUGGACAAUGAACUGGAUCAGAUGUUCAAAACUUUGGAUGAAGGAGACAAAGUCACAGAAGCUGAGGCAUCACUAGCUGUGAAAACCCAACUCUAUCCACACCAAAAGCAAGCAUUGAAUUGGAUGAUUUGCAAGGAAAACAAAGAUUCUCUGCCUCCAUUUUGGGUUCAGAGAGGCCAUCUUUAUAUGAACACAUUAAGUAGAAAGAAGACAGCUGAAAAACCAAAGAGUAUUUAUGGAGGUAUCCUGGCAGAUGAUAUGGGUCUUGGUAAAACUUUGGAGAUGAUUUCAUUGAUAGUAACAAAUUUUGUUAAUGGCAAACCUAUUGCUGAGCCACUGUCUGAUUACACACGAGAUUCAUUUGUCAAGACUAGUAAGACAGGCCCUUUAAGAAUUUUCAAGUCAGAGAUAGAGAAUAAAGAGAGUCCUGAAUGUAAUGGGGCUAUGAAUUACUCACCUCUUUCACCAAGACUAAACCUUCCAAACAGAAUAUCACCUCCAAGUUUGGCCAGUGUCUCUGCAGAGUGGCACAAAUCUUUUAACAAUAUGAAAAGUGAAGUGGUUAAAAGUGAAAUUGCAUCUUCCACCACAGAGUUGAAACAUAGUUCAUCUUUCCCUUCUCUGUCUCCAAGCAGGGCAAUGAAGAGAUCAAACUGUGAAGAAUUGAAUGAUGACAGUUCAAAUUCCAUUUUUGGUUUUGCUAAAGGAAAAGGUCUAGGUAAGAAAUCUAAGUUCUUGGAACUGGAAAAUACUGACUCUAACCAAAGUGCUGAUUUGAGCUUGGAUUUUGUCGACUUGACCUUGCCAGAAACAGACUUGCCAUCAAUGCAGGUGGAUAAUCAUUUUGACUGUGACACAACCAAAGGCUUAACAUCAGCAACACACUUUCCCUCAAUGAUGAAACACAGAAUUAUAGAGCUAGCUUAUGCAGCAGCAAACAAAUCUGGCAGCAGAUUUGAUCUGAAUGGUGCAGGCACAUUUAGCAAUAACAUUGACAGUGCCAUUGAUGUUGAUGCUCUGCCAGAUAUAAACAAGUAUGAAGACAUAACUCCAGUUGAUUCACCUGAAGUGUUUGAAGUGUUAAACGAUUCCCCUGAUGCUUAUUCAAUGUCAAGUAUGCACCGAAAAAACAGUGAUUCUGAUACAAGAUCUUCAAUUCUAGAGUUAUCAUCUAAAAUGAAGCUACCAGACAAAUAUGCUAUAGUUAUCUCUGAUUCUGAGGAUGAGUUGCCAGAUAUCAAACCAUUGGAUCUAACCAAAAAAUCAACUUUUAAGAAGACAAUCUCAGGUUCUCCACAUCAAAGAACAAAACCAGAUGUAGCCAGUGAAACUGUAACCAGUGAUGUUACCAAUGAAACUGUAACUUGGAAGAGAAGGGAAGUAAUUUCAACACAUGAUCCAGCAACAGGCAGGACAUUAACCACUGGUCCUAGAGGAACUCUAAUUAUAUGUCCACUGAGUGUCAUUAGUAACUGGGUGGAGCAGUUUGAUGAGCAUGUUGACAGAUCUGUACAUAUUAAUCUUCAUGUUUACUAUGGCCCUAAACGUACAAAUGAUAUUACAUUUCUUUUGGAGCAAGAUGUAGUUAUCACCACCUAUGCCACACUCUCUUCAGAUUUCAAAAGAGGUUACCUUAGUCCAUUACAUCGGAUAGAAUGGCUUCGUGUUGUAUUAGAUGAAGGCCAUACCAUUCGAAAUCCUGCAGCACAGCAAUCAAAAGCAAUAUUUGAAUUACAGGCUGAUAGAAGAUGGGUCCUUACAGGUACACCAAUACAAAAUUCAUUAAAAGAUCUUUGGUCUUUGAUCAACUUUUUGCAAGUAGCACCUUUCACUGAGAAAAAAACUUGGAACCAAAUUAUAGCUGGACCUCUAGUCAAACGUGAACGUCAAGCUCUUAAGCGUGUAUCUCAUUUGGUAAGAAAUUUGGCAAUGCGAAGAACUAAACAUCAACAGCUCAAUGGUAAACCUUUGAUCAGUCUUCCAGCUCGUGAAGUUUAUUUAGAAACUGUUACUCUUAAUGCAGAGGAAAGGAAAAUAUAUGACGCUAUGCAGAUCAAUGGUCAGGACCUAAUUGGCAGUUACUAUCGAAAGGGCAUAUUGCUCAACAACUAUGGAACUGUUCUUACUAUACUGUUGCGUUUACGUCAGCUGUGCUGUCACCCUCAACUGGUGGCCAUAGGAGCAUUGAAGAAAAAUCCAGGUGCUAUCUUUGAAGAUAUUAUUGGAACUGAUCAGAGGCCCACACAUGAGAACAAAGAGAAGUUGAUCCAGCAGCUCAAAUCAGUGAUAGAGUCUGGCUCAGAUGAGGAAUGUUCCAUUUGUCUAGAGAGUUUGAAGGAGCCUGUUAUCACGGCAUGUGCGCACAUUUACUGUAAACUCUGUAUUGAAGCAGUCAUUGAGAAAAAUGAGCAGGAAACCAGUUGUCCAAUGUGCAGAGCCCCACUUGAUAAAAAUGAACUUUAUGGAGUUGAAGAUUCAGCUACUGACUGUCCAGACAAGGAUCAAUUCCACUUUAACCCUGAUGAGUGGCACUCUAGUUCUAAAGUGGAUGCAUUGAUGAAAGCUCUCAACCAACUGCGACAAGAAGACCCAAGCAUCAAGAGUGUAGUUGUGAGCCAGUUUACUUCACUUCUGACAUUAUUGGAGACACCUUUAAAGGAGCAAGGCUUUGUAUUUGCUCGUCUAGAUGGUACCAUGAGGGCUGCAGACAGAGCUAAAGCUGUCCAUGAUUUUGCCAACCCAGUUCCAGGAGGUCCUACAAUAUUCUUGUUAUCUCUGAAAGCUGGUGGUGUUGGUAUCAACUUGACAGCAGCAUCUCGAGUUUUUCUUUUGGAUCCAGCUUGGAAUCCUGCUGCAGAAGAUCAAUGUUUUGACCGCUGUCAUAGACUGGGACAAACUAGAGAUGUUGUGAUCACAAAGUUUGUGAUUGAAGACUCAGUGGAAGAACGAAUGUUGGAGCUUCAAGAAAAGAAGAAGCAGCUUAUCAGGGGAGUCCUGGACAAAAAAUUGUCAGCUGAUCAGAGAAGACAAAAGAGAAUUGAAGAAAUCAAGACGCUUUUCAAUAUUUAAACUCUUUUGUUCUACAAUGGGCUUUCUGAUGUUCUUCAUUUUCUUCCUAGCACUCAGAUCAUUAUCUAUUCUUUAAGCCUCUGCUUCAACUGCAUAAUAGAAAAGUUUGUUUCCUCUUUGCUUGAAGACUGUUGAAUGCUGACUAUAUGCAUAAUACCAUUGGAUUAUAUAUUUCUCAUUAUAUUUCCCAUGUGGCUCAUGAAGUGUUGUUUGUUUUAACUAUGAAAGCCUUCUAGUAUUUUUUAUUCAUAUAUUUAUUUACUUGAUCAAGAUUUUAAUGUGUGUUUUAUAAACUAAGGAGCCUGGAAUAUGCAAUCAAGAUGAGCUAAAUAUGUGUGUAAAGAAUGACUAAAUUCUAUAACUUAAUCUGGUUAGAAUAUUUUAGGUGUCUAAAACUGUGUUCAGUUGAUCUUUUUAUGGUAAUUAUUUUUAAAAUGUUUCAUCAUUUAAUUUUGGGACACAUGGACUUAUGGGUCUUGGGGAUAUCUUCCUAAUCUUUUUUUAGAUUGGUAAUAGUUGGUUAAGAUAAACUGACAAAUGAUUUUAGUGCUACACUAUCAAUGUUGUGGUCUGAACCAAAAAGUUUUGAUUAGGUUUUAGCUUGCACCUUGUGUUGUGAAACUAAUAAACCUUUAACUUAGAAAGUAUCCACAAAGUCAGGAUGCAAUAAAAACAAAUUCAUGAAAAUUCAUUUUAUGAAAUAUUGAAAUUUAACUCCCCCUCAUCAUAUUAUCUUAUUAUUUAUCAUUUCUGAGAAAGAAAUCUUAUAUUUUGAAGCAUCUAGUAACAUUCAGAGGCCUUGACUUCAGCCUUUUACUUUUACAGGAGAGAUGCCAUAAGAAUAUGUAGUAGACAGUCUGUAACAAGGUGUGAUGCUCAAUAUGAGACCUGUUGUUGCUAAUACUCAUCAAUCCAUCUUUUAGAAGAGUUAGUUUAGUCUCUGAUGGUGUAUAUUUUCUUGGCUAGUUAAGUUGUAUGCCAUUCUUUCUCGUACACCUAUACAUUAAAUUAUUAUUAUUAUCUUAUUUCAUUAAUGUUUAUUUUUUUGGUUCUUUGUUUUUGUUUACAAGAGUAAGUAUAUGAAACAGUCAUGUCAGUGUGAGACUAAAGUUGGAGCUUGCGAGCUUGGCACAACCUUUCCCCUUCUCUCAUGGCCAUACAAGUUCAUAUACAGUGUCAUUUUUCUGAAGGUUAAGCUCGUUUCAGUCUAUCUUUUGACUUAACAUAUAUUUUCUUAAGAAAUGGAAAUUUAUUGUUGCUGGUCAGGCACAGCUUCAACAAAGUUCUGUUAUUUGGAUGUUUCAGGUCUUUCUUUGUCUAUUGUCACCUUCAACAAUAGGAUUAAGAGGUUGAGAUUUGAGGGGUAACCUAACAACUAUGUCACAGUUGAAGAAUCUGUAGAUAAAAAGUGUUGGCAUGCUGUUUCAUUACCCCAACUUUUUUGCAAGGUUAUUGUGUAUCCAAAAAAAAUUAGCAUUAAGGAAAUAAUGAAAAAAUUAUUAUCUGAUACACCAAGAUGGACGACCCUUUGCCACAAAAAUAACAUAAGAUAUUUUUUUUUUAAUGAAAAACUCUUGUUUAUCAUAAGACAUAGGACAUAAAGACCUGACAUACAGAAAUGUGAUUCAAAAUGUUGGUGUUGAUCUAGUACAUUGAACAUAUUUAAUAGCAUAUCAUUUCUCAUUACAUGUUUUUAGUCAUUUUAACAAAUUGUAGGAAGAUUUUGUCAAUGCUCUGAUUUAAAUUUUUAAGUUUUUGUUGUUUUUUUUUCUUUCUCUUCACUAAUACAUCUACAUUAACCCAUUUCCAAUGGGUUUUUUUUAGCUAGCUUGAAGCUAUCAUUAUCCUUUGUAUUGGAAGUGACAAUAUUAAUUUUUUAAUAAUUUUUAUUUAUUCUGUAUUUUUUUUUAAUUUUCUUUCUUAUUGGAAUAUGUUACAAUGUUUGAUAAAACCAGUAAGUUGCUAAUUCAAGUUCAUUUAUUUAUUUUUUUUGUCAUGUUCUAAAUGUUACAUUUUGAUUAUUUAGGUUUAAAUUGAACAAAAUUAUGAUAUUUGGUCCAGAUCCUGAACUGUUUUGAUUGGUCCAGAUCCUGAACUGUUUUGAUUGGUCCAGAUCCUGAACUGUUUUUAUUGGUCCAGAUUCUUUAUGAAAAUAUUUUGUGUGUAUGUCAUUUACUCAAGAUUAUUUUUUUUUCACCUAGUUACUAAUCUCAUCCAAUGUCACCAAUAUUUGUUUGUGUGUGAAGAACAUUGUAUGUGACAUAAAAAGAAUGUUUGAAGAAUUAUUUUCAUUGACUGCUCAUACACUUGAUCUAAGGCAGCAAGCUAGACUCUUUUCAUUUUGUAUGCAUUAUAUAUGUAAGUGCUGAAGUCAAAUUUGCUUGCCUUCUGUAACAAUAGAAAUCCAAUGUUAACUUACUUUACAAAGAAAAAGUGAGUAAUUAAAGUUUUUAUUUUUAAAUAACGCUUUACUAUGCCAUAAGUUAUGAAUGAAACUGAACAAUUUUAUUACUAAAAAUUGUCUACUUGAUUAUAUCUUUUUUUUUCAUCUAAAUUCCAUCUGUGAAUACCUUUUAUAGUAUUUAUUAUGCAUCUGAAUAUGAUAUAUCAACAAAUAUUUUAGAAGCAUGUUGGAAACAUACUUUUGUAUAUAAACUUACUACAGUGUACAUAGAACAGAUGCAAAAUGUGUUUUGUCUGUUGACAACUAUAUUCCAUACUAAACUUUAUUUAAUACAAUGUAAAUGUUCAUUUUUACUUACUUUUAAGUUAAAAAUUAUUUUUUUUAUUAUUAUUUUAUACUUUUAAUAAGCCACCUUUGUUUGGUGUCAUUUGACCAUAAGUUGUUUUUUUCUAUUAUUACUAUAAUUAAUGUGAAUUAAAAUCUCUGUUAAGUAAAGUUUAUUCUUACACACAUAAGCCUGUUAGUGUAAAACUGUACUAUUAAAUGGAUUCUAUUGAAUGUGAAAAAACAAGUUCACUGUUGGAUAAAUACUUUGUCCUUGGUGCCUUUCUUGUUCUUGUCCUUGCUUUCAGUCCUUAAUUUUUUCAACAUGAGCUUUAAAGCAUAUGUACGUAAAACAUAACAAAUGUAAGGAGGAAUUUUGUGUGUGGUCAUAUAGAGAUAUGUGUGUCUAUAAUCUACAUGAUUUUAAAAUGAUAUAGAUAAGUGAUGUUUCUCUAGUUGGCUUUAUAGGGUUUUUUGUUUCUUAUAGCAUUAACAAGAAAAACAUUUUAAAAAAUACUUUUUUAAAAAAGACAAUAUCUCCUUUAUACAACUUAUAGUGCGAUUAUUUUUCUCUUAAUAACUAAUGAAUGUUAGAUUUUUUAAAAUGGAAUCCUCCACCCUGAUUAAGAGAAUGUAUAGACCUAAUAGACUUUAUAAUAUUCCAAUGAUCCAAUAAUAAGACUCUAGUCUAGAUCUAUACUUAGUAGAGAAUACACAAAAUUGAUUAAACUAUUGAAUGAAUAAAUGCAGAAAUACCAGAAGACAUAUAGUCCAUUCAAGAGCCAAAUUUAAAUCAAUUUCUUUUUAUACUUUGAUAAAUUAUAAUGGUCAAAGUUGAGUUUUCCCAGUCUGGCCAAUGAGCGAGUAUCUUUUCCCAAUGAUAGAUAUACAUAAACUGUAAAAUUUCUAGGAAAAUCUUUAAAGACAUUUUUUAGAUCUGUGUCCAGGUUUUUGAGCCCACCACCCUGAAGGUUUUAGUUUAGACAAAGAUAUGGUUUAAAUAGAGGUAUUGUUAAAAGGAUUUUAUUUCUUGGCAUCAGAUUAGUCAAUCGUAUUUACAACCUUUUUUUUUUUUUUUUUAAUUUUCAAAAUUAGCAAACUUAGUAAAUUAUGAAAUAAAUGUAUCAAGUUCUUGAAAGGUUUUGGGUUGAUUACAUUUUUGCUUCAUUUGUUUUUAAACAAAUUUUCUUUUAAUGUUUUCAAAUGUAUUCUUCAUCUUGUGAUCAGUUUGUGCCUCAGGGAAUGUGACUGUGUAUUUAGAUCUAAAGUGAUCCUCUCUUUGCAAUCAAACUCUGUACAGCGCAACACUUUUCCAAUUGGUUUUGUGUUAGGACUCUGUUGUUUGUGAUACUAUGGCAACCAGCACAACUUCCUUGACAUUCAAGAACCUUUCUUGAUGGGGAAAAAAACAGGAAAAAACAAACAACUUAAAGCUAUAAUAUCAUUACAGCCUGGAAAGGUACAUUGUACACACAUAGAAUAGUUUGAAAAUUUAGCUCUGGAAAAAAAGUUUUUGCCUAACACAAUGAUGGUCUAAUGGAUCUUAAUGUUUCUGAUUGAAUUAAAACACAAUUCUUCGUUUUACUGAUAUAUAUAUAUAUAUAUAUAUAUAUAUAUAUAUUGUUACAUUGAAAGUCUGCACGAUAUCACUAAAAAUUCUGCUAUAUAAAUUGUAACCUUUUUUUUUCUAUUCCACUAAUAAAAGUCAUCAUCCAAAUCUUAUCUAGUGUAAAAUUGCUUAACUUACAACUAAUUCAAACAACUUUAGGUUUGUUUUGUUUUUUUAUUUUGAAUAAUCUCCGUGACUGAAUGAGACAACUUUGUUACUUGAUGAUGAAAUCUUGUGCUAGUUCAUUCUCGGAAGAAUUGUGAAUAGAAAUAUUUUGAUGCUGCACAUUGUUUUCUCUUUUCUCAUGAUUUUACAUUUUAUUUGACACUGAUUUGUAUUAAUACAUUGACAUUGACCCAAUGUAGAUGAUCGUGUGAUAUUGAAUAUAUUUUUACUGUUUCAUUUUACUGCUACUCCUAUGUAAUUGAAUGCUGUUUUUUUUUAUAUUUGAAAUAAAGUAAUGUAACUAACUAAUA